AGGCGCUAGCCAGGACCCAAGAACCCCAUGACCAGGGUCGAGGGUCUGCCAGGAAUUGCAAACUGUCUGCGCAAAUCAGCGCGCGUCGCAUUGCCAGUUUCGAAUUCAUAUAUAAAUCAUCUCUACGCCCCCCCGCAUACGUAAACAACUCUCGUCCGCACUAUAUCACACCGUUGAACUCAUCGCAAAUACUCAAGUCUUGGUCGCGCCACAUACUAGAUCAAUCUCAAGUUGUUCGCCGACCUUUCUUCGCACAAAAAUUAAUAAAAAUAAGACAAAAAUAAAAACAAAAAGAGAGUCAGGCCGCGCCGUGAUAAACAAUGGCAUCGACACGAUCCACAACGGGCAACUCCCGCCCGCGCGUCCACCUCACCGUCGACUCCGGUCCUGAGCGCAAGCACACCAAGUCCUCCACGACCACCAAGCGCGGUCGCAAGCCUGGCUCUACCAAUGCCACAACGUCGGCCGCCUCAAAGCCCACUGGUGUCAAGAAGCGCGGCAGACCGGCUGGUUCUACCGCUGCUGCUACUACGACAAAGGCCCCCGCCACUCAUCACAAGCGCAAGAGCCACCUGAGCGAUAAGAUCGAGGGUGUCGCGGACAAGAUUGUCGGAACUGUCACGAGAAAUCCCGGCAAGAAGGCCGCGGGUACCAAGAAGAUCAGGGGUACUGAUGGCAAGAAUGCCAGGGGCAGGCCGAGGAAGUCUGUAUAGAGGUGUUUGUUAUGGUUGUUGUUUAAAGUUGAAACGAUGUCGAGGGAGCUGGCUGCCCGGAUGCACGGUGAAGGAUGAAUACGACGCGUCUGUGUUGCAUGCGCGUGGUUCUACGCGUCUUUUUUCUUUGUUGGUCGCCAAGGAAGGCGCCGGUCUGCAGUGGUUCUGCAAUCAAGGAUGUAUUUCAUGAUGUUGGCUUGGGUAUCUGUCGUUUCUAACUUGAAGGAUACCUCGAAAACUUGGUACUGGUUGGCACAUUAAUGGAUACCUUUUGAACUUUGUUGAUGCA